CAAUUAAUUCACACACAAAAUAUAAUAUACAUAUACAAAUAUAUAUACAGAAACCCCCAAUUGUUGCUUAUGUGAUUAUUCCCUCUCGAAAUUCACAACGAAUCCAUCUCACCUUUUUUAACCCCAUUCCCCCUAACUUUUCCUUUCUACUAGUAUUUCGUAGCUGCUAUUUAAUAAUAUAUAUAUAUUACUGAUAGCUAGCUCUCUGACGACUGAUUAUUCCACGGCCAUUUGUUUUGUAUUUUGUUAAUUUUCAAUAAUAUUCAGUCAUAUUGUAUCAGAUACAUAUAUAGAUAUAGGUAUAUAUAAAUAUCGACAUAGAUGGUGAUCACCGGAAAAGACGACGGAACAGAUUCAUCGUCAUCGGAAAACGAUUACAUUAAGAAACACCAUAAGCAUGAGGUUAAAGAUAAUCAGUGUACUUCUUCUCUUGUUAAACAUAUCAAAGCUCCUGUUCAUCUCGUAUGGUCUUUGGUGAGGAGGUUUGAUCAACCACAAAAGUACAAACCGUUUGUCAGUGGGUGUAAUGUGCAAGGUGACCUUGAAAUUGGUAGCGUCAGAGAAGUAAAUGUUAGAUCUGGGCUUCCUGCUACCACAAGUAUGGAGAGGCUGGAACUUCUCAAUGAAGAAGAACACAUACUGGGCAUGAGAAUAGUUGGUGGUGAUCACAGGCUUAAGAAUUACUCGUCAAUCAUUACACUUCAUCCAGAAGUUCUUGACGGGAGGCCUGGGACUUUGGUAAUUGAAUCAUUUGUGGUGGACGUGCCAGACGGCAACACGAAAGAUGAGACAUGUUACUUUGUGGAGGCACUCAUAAAGUGCAACCUGAAGUCAUUGGCUGAUGUAUCAGAGCGCCUGGCUGUGCAAGACCGAACGGAAUCUAUAGUUCGAGUGUGAUUUUAGUGGAAGCAGAGAUUAGUAGUAGACUGGACUGGACUGGACUGGACUGGAGAAUCUCCCAUCCUUGUGCAUAUAGCAUUAGAGACCUUUCUUCCUAAUUGGACAAAAAAUCUGAUCGUGUUUCGCAAAUCCCCGUACCUUUUUGUGAACAAUAUGUUUUAUUUUCAUUGUCAAACUCUUCAUACUUGCUCUGAACACAAUCCUAGGGAGCAUUUAAGAAGCUGUGUUCUUUUGUGAAUAUGAAUAAAUAGAAUAGAAAGUUUUGAUAA